AUGAAUGACGGAAACGACGACAUGGAUCAAAUGACGCCGACGCCUGAAGCCAUGAACAUCAUCGUCUUCAUCUUACCUUCAGCUUCGUUACGUGCUCAAUCAGUAACAGUUUUCCAAAUCGCCAUGACUACCAUGAAGCAAUCAGUUACAGAAGAUCUCCGAAAAGAUAAUGAUCAGAAAACGCCGACGAUGUUCAAGGUGUUUGAAGAGUUUGAAACCGAUGGGCAGAGUUACGAAUCAUCUUCAGAGGAUAUGGAAACCUACUCUCCGAAGUCGGUGGUCAAAAAGCUCAGGAAGUGGCCGGCGACGGUGAAGGACAUCAACGUUGACGCUUUCAGCCGUCGUGUUCGUAACCAGAUUGAGAGGAUUCGAGCGGAGGAUUCACAUCUAGGAGAAGAUAUCGGUGAAUGUUUGAUCGCUAAGGUUUCUGUUUCUGUUCAUGAUCUGGUGGAUGUUGUGAUUUUCUCCCGUCCUGCUUCGCCUCUAAGCGGGAAGAUUCCGGCGAGGAUCAAUAUGGUUCAGUGA